UUCCGUUCUGCUCUGCUCAACCCUCCUCGCGACUCUUUGCUCGAAUCGGCUUGUCAUCACCGGCUCGAAUCCACAUUAACCCCACAAACAGUGCUCCGCUCUGGGCACCUCAUCCACCCUCCAUCCGCCCUCCAUCUCACCCUUUGCCUCACCGGCAGCCGUUCACACUUGCGUCCCAGCUCUUCGUUUUCCUACACAUUACUCAACAGCAUUUCCCCUAAUUACCCAACUAUGCGUAUGCCCAUCUCGACCUGCUGA